AUGGGAGACACCUCUUACACGGUGCCCCUCCUCAUCGGGGGCAAGGACGUCGUCACCCACACCAACCCGUCGGCGCCCUACCAGGUCUUCAACCCGGCCACGGGCAAGAACGUCCACCAGACCUCGACGGGCGACGCCGAGCACGCCCGCCAGGCCGUCGAGGCCGCCGCCGCCGCCCUGCCCGAGUGGCGCGCCUGGACCCCGCGCCGCCGCCGCGACCUCUUCCUCAAGGCCGCCGAGGUCAUGACCCGCCGCCGCGCCGAGCUCGCCUCGUACAUGGCCGCCGAGACGGGCGCCGCCGAGGCCUGGGCCAACUUCAACCUCGACGUCGCUGGCGACUUCUUCAUCGACGUCGCGGGCCGCCUGGGCCCCGCCGCCGAGGGCCGCGUGCCGCUGACGCAGGACCCGAACACCGGCGCGAUGGUGCUCAAGGAGCCGUUCGGUGUCGUCUUGGCCAUUGCGCCCUGGAACGCCCCCUACAUCCUCGGCACCCGCGCCAUCCUCUUCCCGCUGGCCGCCGGCAACACCGUCGUCUUCAAGGGCUCCGAGUUCAGCCCCCGCGUCAUGUGGGCCCUGUGCUCCGUCCUCGCCGAGGCCGGCCUGCCCGCGGGCGCGCUCAACUUCCUCGUCUCGGCGCCCGAGCAGGCCGCCGAGGUGACCGAGGCCUUGGUCAAGCACCCGGAGGUCAAGAAGAUCAACUUCACGGGCUCGACCAACGUCGGCCGCAUCAUCGGCCGCCUGGCCGGCGAGAACCUCAAGCCGGUGCUGCUCGAGCUCGGCGGCAAGGCGCCCGCCAUCGUCUGGGAGGACGCCGACCUCGAGCUCGCGGCCACGCAGUGCGCGCUCGGCGCCUUCCUCAACGCCGGCCAGAUCUGCAUGAGCACGGAGCGCGUCAUCGUGCACAGGCGCGUGGCCAAGGCGUUCGAGGACAAGUUCGUCGCCGCCAGCGACAAGAUCUUUGGCAGCGGCGCCGCCGAGGCGCCCGUGCUCAUCCGCCGGCAGGCGCAGGACAAGGUCAAGUCGCUCGUGCGGGACGCCCGGGACCGCGGCGCCACGGUGGCGCUGGGCACGGCCGACGACGAGCCGGCCUCGGAGGCCGUGCGCAUGCGGCCCGUCAUCCUGACGGGCGUGACGCCCGAGAUGAGCAUCUACAAGACCGAGAGCUUCGGCCCCUCGGUGGCCGUCUUCGAGGUCGAGACCGAGGAGGAGGCGCUGCGCCUGGCCAACGACACCGAGUACGGCCUGUCGAGCGCCGUCUUCACCGAGAGCCUGCAGCGGGGCCUGCGCCUGGCCCGCGGCAUCGAGACGGGCGCCGUGCACAUCAACAGCAUGACGGUGCACGACGAGACGGCCCUGCCGCACGGCGGCGCCAAGGCGAGCGGCCACGGGCGCUUCAACGCCAGCGCGCUCGACGAGUGGUUCCGGACCAAGACGGUGACUUAUAGGAUUUGA